AGAUUAUUCCCAUGGCAAGAGGGAUGUGAUGCUUAUGGGAUGUGAGUUGCUGCAAUGCUGCAGCGACUCGAGUGUAUUAAGGAAGAGAGAAUUCAUCCCUCGAGGUAAUAUUCUAGUAGGUCAAGAAGACCUCCACAGUACCGUACCGCGUUGGUCCACGGGACUCCUGUCGGAGGAGUGUCCGAGCGACCUACCGGUACUAACGAGAUAAUGGGAACCUGUGCAGGAGUAUCGCUCGAGUACCAAGCCCCGAAUGGACAUGAUAUGGUUAUCCAUCAACGCGAUUUGAGCCUAUCUGCGGUACCCGCCGCCCGCGCCAAUCUCGAGCACUGGCAUUCCGUCUGUCUGGGCAGCAGUAAGUUACAGUACAGUAACUGGGCUUUUGCUUUUGGUGGCAGAGAUGUCCAUGGGUUAGGGUUUCGACCUCAACUCCAACUUUAGGGAGACGUCAUCCCGUCUCGUUUAUACGAUAUCAUACAAGUAGGAGGAAACGGGCAAACAUCCAUCCUUCGUUUCCUUCCCUCUUCCCCUCCCCCCCUUAUUAACCCCUGAUCCCCUCUUCCUCCUUCACUGCCCCACCCCAUCCUGCGCUCUACCAUUGUUUCUCCCAGGGCAUGAGACUUUGAGAUAGGCUUUUCUGACCGUUUCAGCUUCCUUUAUCGGUAUCGUACUGGUGCCGUGAUACCGCGUUUUUUAACAGGUUCUAAUUUCACCGCUGAGCGGCACGGCACCCCUUACGACAUUAGAUUUCCCCACAACUCUCCUUUCACCCUGGAAUCAUGGUAGUCGCGAUCCCUCUCAUCUGGAUCACUGCCAUCAUCGUCCUUGCAUUUACGGUGAUCGCUGCAUCCAUCUUCGUGCGUCCCCUAGCUCUCGCCGGCGUCUGCAAACCUCACUGACCGUGGAUAGGUUAAAAUCUACCAAGAUCGCCAUGAUCGCGACGCAUUUGUGACGGUGGUUUGCGUUCUAUCUCUCACAUCUCUUCUCGCCACUGUUUGCCUUCUUCCGGUCGAUAUCGCUCUCGUCUCCAGCACUACAAACAACGCUACGGGCCUCAAGCAGGACUGGGCGAGCCCGGAAACCGUCGCGCAUAUUAUCCUAGGUUUGAAGAUUGUCUACUACCUGCUCUAUUCGCUCGAUGUGGUUAUGUGUCUUCUGGUCAUCCCAUUCGCUUAUUUCUGGUGGGCUAUUGUCCGGAUCUUACGUGGUCCAUGUUGCUGACUUCCGUACAGGUACGAGGAAUGGGAUGUCGAUGCAACCACGAGCGGAAGGAUCAAGGGCGCCAUGAAGUAUAGCUUUUGCUUCCUCAUGCUGGUGACAAUUUUACUUGUGGUAGGAUUCUUUCUCCCCGUCGCAAAGGAGACAAAGGGGCAUUUGGACCUUGAUUACUUCAAGAAGUUACUCCUGGAGAAUCGUUCGUAUCCCAUACGUACCCUACCCCCCGUGAUUGCCUUCUAACAAGGGUAUAUGCACAGACGGAGAACGUGCAUUGACAUUCAUCACCGGAACCUUGCUAUGCCUUGGGAUUAUUCCCUACGUUUUAUACACGGCUCCCGGACUUGCCCUCACGCCCCAACUUCUCAUUACAUCCGUGCGCGGUGCAUCCCUCCCAUCGGUCUCAGCUUCGACGCACCAAGAUCUGCUUUUGAAUCGCGAGAGGCAGAGAAUUAUCGAGGCGAGAUAUGCCGGCGGACCUAGCUCCAGGUUUACUGCCAAGGAUAGACGUGAGUUGGAAGGCCUACAGCGUGAAGAGAGAAGUCUUGUGCGCAGACAGAGAGUUGCUGAGGAAGGCAUCCACGCUACACAGAAAUGGCUUGGGAAGCUACAGGCUAUUGGGAGGCCUUUCAAGGUCCUAUUUGGGAUCCUGGUCCUCCUGUUGUCAAUCUCGAUAUUCAUUUCAAUGUUGAUGACCUCGAUUGACAAAUCCAAAAACUCUGUUUGCGGGAAAAGCUGCGGAUACAUACUUACGAAGAUGAACAUCCCUAACCCUAUCAAUUGGCUAUUCGUUGUUACCAGCAGGGUAUUUCCCAUCGACUAUGUCCUAGCUUUGAUUCUCGUCUUGGACCUAUUUAUCGCCAGUGUUGUGGGAACAGCAUUUGUUGGAAUAAGGUUCUUGUGGGUAUCUUUAUUUCGGAUAAGGCCUGGUCAUACGAAGCCACAAGGUUUGUUGAUGGCAACGGUCAUGCUAACCCUCACGGUUCUGGCCAUCAAUUACUCGAUUACCAUGAUCAUUGCCCCACAGUACGCGCACUACGGUGGACAAAAGUUCUGCGAUAAGACUGUGGGUCCCCCCCGCCCCCCUCCAGCCCCGGGUUGAGACAAGCAGAGCUAACGUACCAAGUCCCAGAUACUUGAAACCGGCGUCUACCGUGACUGCAGCAACCAUAAGGAGCUCAUCAUUCCAUGCUCCGAAUCCGGGCCUCAAGACAUCUGCACAUCCACCGUCGUCUCGACAUUCCUCAACCGUGUCACCCUCAACUUUCCCUAUUUUGGAGCAUUCGCCUUCUGGUCACAAUUCGCUUUCCUAGGAGUUUACCUCAUCACUUUCCUUACAGGUCUCGUCAGACCCCCGAAACUUGGAAACAGAGAGGCUGAAGAUGAAGAUGCGGAGAAUGAUGAAGAUGAGAGCCUCCUCGCUAGCGCCGGUCGCAGAGUUAACGCCGCCUGGGAAGAUAUUAGAGGGCAGUCCGGCGAGCGCAGGAAUUAUGGCACUAAUGCUAGAGUUAGAGGUGGAGAUGAUGCAUAAUCAUAUACUUUUCGUUUUUGGGGACUAGCAUGGGGUUUGCAAAUUUCGGAGUCAUGUGGUUGGAUAGGGUUUGUUUUUACUUGCUUUUUCCGUCAUUGUCUAGGGUUUCUU